UGUUGGAGRAGCUGAAUUAGUAACUGCCUAACUUUGAGUGGAAAUAAAAUGGCAAAAUGUCAACCUAGUCCCGUAAAAUCGCCUGGACAAGUUUAUUGUGAUGUGUGCAACGUAUUCGUUUCUUCUGUUGGACUACUUGAAACUCACAACAAGGGUAAAAAACACCAACAGUUGGUUAAGUUAAGAGAAGAACAAGCAAGAGCAAGUAGAGUUAGUUUGUAUGUAACCGGUUUCAAGACCUCUGAAACAAGUGAGGAUGAAAUGAAGGAGUUCUUCAACGCUUAUGGACCAGUGAAAAAAAUUUAUUUUGAYAAAAACAAGGGGCRUUUUGCUAUUGUUGAGUUUGAAGAUGAGAACAGUGUGUCAUCCAUAUUGGAGAAGAAGGAACCUUUUGUUCUCAAAGAAAAACAUCUGAAAAUCAAAAGAAGAACKUUUGCAAGUCAAAAAUCACAGCCAGAAAGGAAAGGGGAAUCUGUAAACACAAAUUCUAAGAAAAGAAAGAAAAAUCAUAGUGAAACAUUGUCAUCUUUGUUAUCUGAUGAAACACUAAAGAAGAUGAAUGAAGUUUCAACUGUUCCACAACAAAUUGAUCUUUUAAUAAGUGAAGUAAAGCUCACUGACRAAGACCUUCACUUGCGCUCUCUAAUAUGCAAAAUAUUAAAAGAAGUCUUCCAAGAAUUUGUCCCAUCUUGUGAUGUGAUUCUCUUUGGUUCUUCUGCAAAUGGUUUGGGUUGGWCAGGGUCUGAUUUAGAUAUCACUCUUCUGAUUGACACCAACAUGGAUAAAUGGAACAUUGACUUAGAUGAGUCACUUGAGGGUGACCAAAGUGAGAAGGAAUCCRACAAAUUCAAAGACAUCCAUUCUUUUGUAGUAAAGGUGUUAAGGACUUUGGUUCCAGGAUGUUCUAACAUUAUUCCAAUAUUUACUGCUAAAUGUCCAGUGAUCAAGUUUACUCAUCAAACUACUGCCCUUUCAUGUGACCUAACUGUAAAUAACAGACUUGGUCUUCAAAAUUCAGCUCUUCUUAAAUGCUACAUGGACUUAGAUCCCAGGGUAUCACAACUAGUGUAUGCAGUGAGAACAUGGGCCAAGUCAAUAGGUGUUUCAGGGGGAGGCAGUGGUCAGUUAACAAGCUAUGCUUUAACAGUCAUGGUUCUUCGUUAUCUUCAAGUCAUCAAUCCUCCUGUCAUCCCUUCCUUACAAGAUGUAUCAGGAUGGCCUUUGAAAGAAGACAUGGAAGUUAAUAUUGAAAAAGAGCUUGUGGAUGGAUGGGAUUGUGGAUUUUAUAAGGACGUCUCUAAUCUUGCUCCAAGUUCAAAUACAAAACCAGUUGAUAAACUUCUUGAAGAAUUCUUUGAAUUUUACAGCAGCUUUGAUUAUGCAAAGUGUGCAAUUAGCAUWAAAGAUGGCUCUUGUUGYACUAUCUCAUCACUGGAAGAYRAAUUAGAAAAUAUCAGAACAAGCAAAUUGCCAGAUCUUUGUAGUAAUGAAAAAGAAGAUGAAACUGCAUCCACCUUAGCAUGGAAGACAACUCCUUUAUGCGUACAAGAUCCUUUUGAACUUACUCACAACCUGACUCAAAAUGUUGGUGCUGGGUCACUUAAAGACAUUGUUCAGUGCAUGAUAGAUGGAAGGAAUAUCUGCAGAAAGUUUUUAGUUGAAGCCCAUUCAGACAAAUCAGGUGAYAWUGGUAUUGUCAAACUUUUUAGGUACUACCCAAGAACAACGUCUAAAAAGCACAAGAAAGAGGGCUAUACUUUUACUGUUUGUUUGUCUAAAAGUUUAGAAAAAACUUCAACUGGUGGUAUACUUUUGUUGAGUUUUUCAUCUUUCAAGAGCUUUUUCGAAAGCCUUUGUAAUUAUCUAGAAAAAGAGUUAAGGAUAAACUGCAUGGUUAACUCUGAUGAAGAAUCAAAUGAGAGCUUCAGUGCAAUUUGUACAGCCAAGACAAAUACUUGGACACACUGCAGGAGAGAGAGACGUAAGGCUUUAAGGCACGAGUCAAAUACAAGCAUGGAUACUGAAGAAUUUACCACUUCAGAUGUUGUGGCAAAAGACCAAACAUCUAGUGAUGAAACCAAAGAUGCUGAUGAUCCAUGUUUGUUGUUUAGAUUAGUUGUCAAAAGAGACACAUCUAGAGAAGGCUCUGAGUGUGAAGUUAAACUGGAACAUCUAGGGGGUAAAGGUCUUCAAGUGUUUGAAAACUUUUAUGCAUACUUCAAAAAACAAGUGGCAAUUGUUUUUAAAUAAAAAGGAAGCUCAGACAGGUCCAUUUUGGGAUUAUUUUCAAGAGGUCAUGGUAGUUUUAAAAAAAAUGUAAUCAUAAUCUCAAUGGAAAUGUGAAUAAAAUAAAAUGUUCAAAGCAUGUUUGACCGUGUUGUUAUUCUGUAUAAUAUAUCAUAACAAUGCAUAGGGCCCAGUUCCCAGAUGAAGGUACUGAUUAGGCUUUUUCUCAUGUAGCAAGACAAAAGAUUUUUCUGACAAGGAUUAACCAUUCAUGCCAUUUUGUCUU